CUUCUGCCCAUCCUCCUCCUCCUCCAGGGCCGCCUCUAUAAUUCCUAUGUAGACAUAAGGCGGAGGGGAGAGAAGCAUAGCUAGUGCAAGGCGAAAGAAAACAGCCGCAGCAGCAGCAGCUGUUAGACGGGUGAUUAAGUAAUUCUCCUAGCCUUUCCCCCCCCCUCUCGCUUCUUCUGGCUGUGCCGAGACUGCUCCCUGGUGUAAUUCCGAGGUCCAAAAAAGAAAACGGCAUUUUCUUUCUCUCUCUCUCUCCACGGCGUGCUGGUGAGAAUGAAUGAGCGAGAGGGAAGCAGGGAGGGAGGGCGGCCGGCUUGAAUCAUUCCAGGCUGACUUGUUUUGAAAAGAACAGGGCACAUCAAUAAAAAUGUGACUGCGCUGGAGGAGGAAGGGAUGGAGCAGAGAGGACCUUCCUGGGAGAAUAUUUAAGACGCGGUGGGCAAAAGGCUGCUCGCGAGAAAGCACGCGGAGUAAAGCGAAGGGAAAAGAAAAGAAAAUUAAAAAUAGGAAACUCUCCUACUCGAAGUCCAGAGAAGGCACCGCUUCCUCUUUAGACCGUUCCUUGAAAGGAUCAUCUCUCUGGAUAAUGCUAAGCAUCUCCUCCAUUGAUUAUUGGCAACUGGUGCAGUCAAAGGACGCAGCUUUCAAUAUAAAUUCCCACCUCUUCGGACUAUCAGUAUCAGGAAUUUCAUAGUCUUCACCUUUUCCCCACUACAUGAAUUGCAAUGGUCACAUGAAUAUUUGGAGAGUGGUAUUCAUACCAUCUCGUGGUCUAUUUAUGAUGGCACUUUAAAAGGAAGAAGCCAGUCGUUGGGAGUUUGGGGAGAUGAAACAGAAGAAAUACACUCCUGCGACAAAACACAACAAAACAAAGAUGAAUCUGAUCAUGAAACUUCGUAGGAGUUUCCGAACACUGGUCAUUCUCUUAGCCACCUUCUGCUUAGUGAGCAUAGUCAUUUCUGCUUAUUACUUGUAUACCGGUCACAAGCAAGAAAUUGCCCUCACUGAUACCACAGGAGAAAUGGAGUGUGAAGACCUUAAACUUUUGCCCUACAGAACACUAGAACUUAAAACAGUGAAGCCAAUCGAUCCUAGUAGGACUGAUGCUACGGUGUUGCUUUUUGUUGAAAGCCAGUACUCUCAACUUGGCCAAGACAUCAUUGCCAUCCUGGAGUCUAGUCGGUUUCAGUAUCAUAUGGUGAUUGCAUCUGGGAAAGGGGAUAUCCCACCCCUGGCUGACAAUGGCAAAGGGAAAUACAUCCUUGUAGUAUAUGAAAAUAUUUUGAAAUACACAUCCAUGGAUUCAUGGAACAGAGAACUCCUGGAAAAAUACUGUGUGGAAUACAGUGUUAGCAUAAUUGGUUUUCAUAAAGCCAAUGAGAAUAGCUUGUCAAGUACUCAACUCAAAGGAUUCCCGUUACAUCUUUACAACAAUAUAGCUCUGCAGGAUUGCUUAGUAAACCCACAGUCCCCUCUAUUGCAUAUAACCAAAGCCCCAAGGGUUAAAAAAGGUCCAUUACCUGGUGAUGACUGGACAGUUUUCCAAUAUAACCACUCAACUUAUCAACCAGUGCUUUUAACGGAAUUUCAAGCCUCCAAAUCAUUCCCAGCAUCGCUUCCAAAGCUUAAUCUCUAUGCUACAGUGAUUCAGGACCUGGGAUUUCAUGAUGGAAUUCAACGAGUCCUUUUUGGAAACAACUUGAACUUUUGGCUGCACAAACUUAUUUUUAUAGAUGCCAUCUCCUUCUUGACAGGAAAAAGGCUUACAUUAUCCUUGGACAGAUACAUUCUUGUUGACAUCGAUGACAUCUUUGUUGGAAAAGAAGGAACAAGGAUGAAUGUAAAAGAUGUGAAGGCUUUACUGGAAACUCAAGUACUACUACGCACUCAGGUUGCAAAUUUUACCUUCAACCUUGGAUUUUCAGGAAAGUUUUACCAUACAGGAACCGUCGAAGAAGAUGAAGGAGAUGACCUGUUGUUGGGGUCUGUGGAUGAAUUCUGGUGGUUUCCUCACAUGUGGAGCCACAUGCAACCUCAUCUGUUCCAUAAUGAGUCAUCGCUAGUGGAGCAGAUGAUUCUGAACAAGGAAUUUGCACUA